AUGACUGGCAAUGAUGUACGAGACAUAUUUGAACUAAACUCGGUAAAGACUUCAAAUGAUGGUAGUUCUGCUCCUAUUAAGAAAACGAGCAAGCCUGAGAGAGAAAAAAAGCCUGGAAAUUGGUUUGCCGAAUAUAACAAAGACACUGAAGUCUUGGAAUAUAAUGAAGAAGAAUACCAGAAAUUUUUGACAGACAAAGAGUGGACCAAAGAAGAAACGGAUUAUCUAUUUAGCCUAUGUCGCAAAUACGAUCUCAGAUUUAUAGUUAUUCACGAUCGUUACGAAUAUUCCGAACGGUCCAUGGAAGAGGAGGAAUCAUUAUUAGAAGAGUACGAGCGCAUCGAGCAAAAUGAAAAGAAGUUUGCAAAGGAACGAGAAAAUUUGAUGAAAUUAUUAAACUUUCAGGAAGUUGUUCAGCAAAAACGAAAGAAAUCGCUUCUCAGUGGUCCAACUACUCCAACGACGGAAGUCGUUCAUUCCCCUAUUGAAGUUCACGCCACACCUACCACAGCUCGAAGAGAGAAAUUCCCACAGGGUGUAGUCGUUAGAAGUCAAAGGAUACCUUCUCCUAAGCAGGCCAUGGCAGCCAAAGUACAGAAGACCUUGCAAGAAUUCGGGCUAGGACCCCGCCCGACUAUACCGACCGAAAAUGUAUGUGGUAGAUGGACAGAGCUACAGAAGGCCAUACAGACACUUUUGGAAAUAAAGAAAGGUGUAGAUAAACAGGAGCACGAGUUGAAGGCAAAGAUAAAUUUAUAUAAAAAGAUUACUUCAGGAACUGAAGGGAAUAAUGGUUCGAAGGCAUCGACUGUCGGAGGAAAUGGAGCCGGCACGGCUAAAAAAUCAGAUGCUGAAAAGACAACUACCGAAACUAGUACACCU